AUGUCUGACAAAGACCCCAGAUUUACUUCAAAAUUUUGGAGGAGUCUUCAGACAGCUAUGGGAACUAAGUUAUCUUUCAAUUUGGGCGAUAAAUGGGAGAAACACUUGCCACUGGUGGAAUUUGCAUACAAUAAUAGCUUUCAAGCUACUAUCGACGUGAUUCCAUAUGAGGCAUUGUAUGGUCGAAGAUGUCAUUCACCAAUAUGUUGGGAUGAGGUUGACGAGAAGAGAAUUUUGGGUCCAGAACUUAUUAAGAAUACUGUAGAGGCGAUAGAUAGGAUCAGAAUGAGGAUUAAGAUAUCUCAAGACCGCCAAAAGAGUUACGCAGAUAAGAGAAGAAAAGAACUAGGAUUUGAGGUGGGAGAAAAAGUUGGAAAUGUAGCAUAUCAUUUGGCACUGCCACCGGAACUAUCGGCAAUGCAUGAUGUAUUUCAUAUUUCUAUGUUAAGGAAGUACAUCCAUGAUCCAAGUCAUGUGGUUAAUGCUCAGUCGUUGGGAGUGUGGAGUGAUAUGACUUAUGAAGAAGUACCUAUAAGGGUUAUAGAGAGAAAGGUACGCACAUUGAGAAAUCGAGAAGUGCCAUUAGUCAAAGUCCAAUGGAGUAGACAUGGGAAGGAUGAGGCUACAUGGGAGAGAGAAGCAGAUAUUUUGGCCAAGUAUCCAGACCUUCUUAUUGAGUAA